AUGACCGACUUCAAUCUCGACCAGCUCCUUCGCGUGCCCGGCUUGACCUUCAAGGCCGCCGGCCCUGUGCUUGGCACAGACAAUAUCGCCGAGUCCGCCCUCCGUCUUUGCCAGCUCGACUCUGGCCAGCGUCACCAGGGCGCCAGUCAGCUCUUGGUCGUGAAGCGCAUCACCUACUUCGCGCGUGGAGCUCUCGGUAUCAGCACGCACUACCCCGAUAUCGGUCCCAAGACAGUUGCCUAUCAGAGCAUAGUCACACGAAGCGUCACUCUCGACAGAAUUGCCCAACGCGAGCAUGUCGCCAAGGGCCUCACCAUGCGUCAAGCCGUCAUGCGCAUCGUCGAAAACUACCGCAUCGCCCGCAAUCACUACGUUCUCCACGCCGACGUCGUCGACCCCCCUGUUCCUGUCGCUCGCGAGAAUGAGACAGAGGCUGCGCUCGCUACCCGCCAGCGAUUCGAUUUCGCGCUGCGAGAGAUGUGGGGCGUCCUCGGCCAGCUUCAAGACCUGAUGACUGUGAGCGGCAAAAAGACUCUGGCUGCGAAGCAGGCUCUGGCUCAGGAGGUCAAGAAGGGAGAGCUCUUGCAGCAGAAGCUUCGUCUCCACGAGAAGGAUGCCGAAAUCUAG